UGGGCUGAGGGCAGACAAAGGCCCAUGAGCCUCAGCUGCAGCCUGUCCUCGUGGUGUUAGAGCUGGUGUCUCGGGUGAGGUCCCCGCACAGGGCGGUCUCCUCAGUCUCCCGUUCUGCGGCUCCCUGCACAGCUCAGUCCGUGCCGACGUUCCAAGAGGGUCCAGUCAGGGUCUCCCCAACCCCCGCCCCCACCCCCAGGGCCACAGGCUCCCGCAGGACAGACACAACCUGUGCUUCUGUGCAGCAACAGAAGUUGUGUGACGGUCCCUCAGCUGCAGCCAUGGGGUCUGAGGAUCACGGGGCCCAGAACCCGAGCUGUAAAAUCAUGACGUUCCGCCCGACCAUGGAAGAAUUCAAGGACUUCAACAAAUACGUGGCCUACAUCGAGUCCCAGGGAGCCCACCGGGCGGGCCUGGCCAAGAUCAUCCCCCCAAAGGAGUGGAAGCCGAGGCAGACGUACGAUGACAUCGACGACGUGGUCAUCCCGGCCCCCAUCCAGCAGGUGGUGACGGGCCAGUCGGGCCUCUUCACACAGUACAACAUCCAGAAGAAGGCCAUGACGGUCGGGGAGUACCGCCGCCUGGCCAACAGCGAGAAGUAUUGCACCCCGCGGCACCAGGACUUCGACGAUCUGGAGCGCAAGUACUGGAAGAACCUCACCUUCGUCUCCCCCAUCUACGGGGCCGACAUCAGCGGCUCCCUGUACGAUGACGACGUGGCCCAGUGGAACAUCGGGAGCCUACGGACCAUCCUGGACAUGGUGGAGCGCGAGUGCGGCACCAUCAUCGAGGGCGUCAACACCCCCUACCUGUACUUCGGCAUGUGGAAGACCACCUUCGCCUGGCACACGGAGGACAUGGACCUUUACAGCAUCAACUACCUGCACUUCGGGGAGCCCAAGUCCUGGUACGCCAUCCCACCGGAGCACGGCAAGCGCCUGGAGCGGCUCGCCAUCGGGUUCUUCCCCGGGAGCUCCCAGGGCUGUGACGCCUUCUUGCGGCACAAGAUGACCCUCAUCUCGCCCAUCAUCCUCAAGAAGUACGGGAUCCCGUUCAGCCGGAUCACGCAGGAGGCCGGGGAGUUCAUGAUCACGUUCCCCUACGGCUACCACGCCGGGUUCAAUCACGGGUUCAACUGCGCGGAAUCCACCAACUUCGCCACCCUGCGGUGGAUCGAUUACGGCAAGGUGGCCACUCAGUGCACGUGCCGGAAGGACAUGGUCAAGAUCUCCAUGGACGUCUUCGUGCGCAUCCUGCAGCCGGAGCGGUACGAGCUGUGGAAGCAAGGCAAGGACCUCACGGUGCUGGACCACACCCGGCCCACAGCCCUGAGCAGCCCCGAGCUGAGCACCUGGAGCGCCUCCCGGGCCUCACUCAAGGCCAAGCUCCUGCGCAGACAAAUUAGUCUGAAAGAAAACAGACACUGGAGAAAGACUGAGGAGGACAGAAAGGCCAGUCUAGAAAGGAAGAAAGAGCAGACCAGGAGGCCGGGGCCGCCGUCCCACCGGAAACGGAGCCAGCCCAAGAAGCCCAAGCCGGAAGACCCCAAGUCCCCAGGGGAGGGGGCCGCCGGGGCCGCCCUCCUGGAGGAGGCUGGCGGCUUGAAGGAGGAGACCUCACAGGAGGCCGACCCCGAGGAGGAAGAGGAGGAGCCCCAGCCGACGCCACCGCAGGGCCGGGAGGCCGAGGCCGCAGAAGAAGACGGAAGGGGCAAGCUGCGGCCAGCCAAGGCCAAGAGCGACAGGAAGAAAAAGAGCUAUGGUCACCUGCACCCCCACCACGCCCUCUUGCCCCAGCUGCCGCCGCCCCCACCCACCCAGUUCCCCGCCGAGGAGGCACCCAGGCUGCCACCCCUGCUGGAGUCCCCAGCGCUGGCCCCGGGCCCCGCACCAGCCGAGGAGAACCCCCCCCCACCGCCUCUCAACGUCGUGCCCCCCGAGGCACCUGGCGAGGAGCCAGAGGUGAAGCCACGCCCCAUCAUCCCCAUGCUGUAUGUGAUGCCGCGGCCCAGCACGCUGUGUGACAAGGGCCGCGUGUCCUGCCAGCAGGCCUUUGAGCACUUUGCCCAGAGGGGCCCCACCUGGAAGGAACAGGCGGCCCCCAUGGAGCUGACGGGUCCCGAGGAGGAUAGCAGAGCCGGCGAGGUGCAGGCACCGUCCACAUUUUCCAAAUUGAAGAUGGAAAUCAAGAAAAGCAGACGCCACCCCCUGGGCAAGCCACCCACCCGCUCCCCGCUGACCGUGGUCAAGCAGGAGGCCUCGAGUGACGAGGAAGCCUUCCCUUUCUCCGGGGAGGAGGACAUGAGUGGCCCCGAGGCCUUGAGGUCUUUGCUCUCCCUGCAGUGGAAGAACAAGGCUGCCGGUUUCCAGGCCGAGAGGAAGUUCAACGCGGCGGCCGCCCUGACCGAGCCCUACUGUGCCAUUUGCACUCUCUUCUACCCUUACACCCAGUCCCUACAGACCGAGAAGGAGGCUCCCCAGGCCUCUCUCGGGGAGGGUCCCUCGGUGGCUCCCCCUUCCAAAAGUGGCCAGAAGACACGGCCGUUGAUCCCCGAGAUGUGCUUCACGUCCGGCGGUGAGAACACGGAGCCCCUUCCCGCCAACUCCUACAUCGGCGACGACGGGACCAGCCUGCUGAUCGCCUGCACCAAGUGCUGCCUGCAGGUUCAUGCCAGUUGCUACGGCAUCCGCCCCGAGCUGGUCAACGAGGGCUGGACGUGUUCCCGGUGCACGGCCCACGCCUGGACUGCGGAGUGCUGCCUUUGUAACCUCCGGGGCGGAGCCCUGCAGAUGACCACCGACCGCAGGUGGAUCCACGUGAUCUGUGCCAUCGCGGUCCCCGAAGUGCGCUUCCUGAACGUGAUGGAGCGCCACCCUGUGGACAUCAGCGCCAUCCCCGAGCAGCGGUGGAAGCUGAAGUGUGUGUACUGCCGGAAGCGGAUGAAGAAGGUGUCAGGAGCCUGCAUCCAGUGCUCCUGCGAGCACUGUUCCACCUCCUUCCACGUGACCUGCGCCCACGCUGCCGGGGUCCUCAUGGAGCCUGACGACUGGCCCUACGUUGUCUCCAUCACCUGCUUCAAGCACAAGUCAGGGGGCCACACCGUGAGUGCCCCGCCCGCCCCCUCCCGCCCCCACCCCCGGCCGGCCGCCUGCGCGCUGACGCGGCCCUGUCCCCGCCGCCCCCAGGUCCAGUUCCUGAGGGCCGUGUCCUUGGGCCAGAUGGUCAUCACCAAGAACCGCAACGGGCUCUAUUACCGCUGCCGGGUCAUCGGCACCAGCACGCAGACCUUCUACGAAGUCAACUUCGACGAUGGGUCCUACAGCGACAACCUCUACCCGGAGAGCAUUACCAGUAGGGACUGUGUCCGGCUGGGACCCCCACCCGAGGGGGAGUUUGUGGAGCUUCGGUGGGCAGAUGGCAACAUGUACAAGGCCAGGUUCAUUUCCUCCGUGACGAGCCACGUCUAUCAGGUGGAGUUCGAGGACGGGUCCCAGCUGAUGGUGAAGCGCGGGGACAUCUUUACCCUGGACGAGGAGCUCCCCAAGAGGGUCCGGUCGCGGCUGUCGCUCAGCACGGGGGCACCUCAGGAGAACACCUUCUCGGGAGAGGAGGUGAAGGCCGCCAAGCGCCCGCGGGUGGGCACCCCACGCGCCCCCGAGGACUCAGGACGGAACCCGGACUACCUAGCGUUCAUGGAGAGCCUCUUGCGGGCGCAGUGCCGGCCCGGGGCCCCCUUCUAGGACAGCCGGCCGCCCGGCGACCCCUCGGCCCAGCAAGGCAGGCGGCGGCCGGCCCUGGCGUUUGCUUGCUGUGAAUUCCUGUCCUCGCCUCCCCGGCCCCCGAGAGGCUACCUCUGCGCGGCCGCCCCCGCUCUGCGGCGACAGGAGCCAGCAGGACGCCGGCACGCGGCCCCCGGACUCAGGGAGCAGGGCCACGCGGGCUCUGGGGGGGCCGGCCGGGGACUCGCGCCACCCCCACGACUCAGAUUCGUAAACCAUGUAAGCUCUUCUCGAAAAGGUGCUACUGCUUUGCCUGCCUCCUGAGCAGCCUUGGAGGUUGUGACUUCUGUACAUACGUGACCUUUGUGAGGCUCUUUCUAGAAAUACCUGUUGUUUAAAAAAACACGAGGAAAAAAAGGAAAACAAAGAAAAGGAAAAAAAAUCCCCAAAGUUUUCUAGAUUUGUGGCUUUAAACACGAAACAAAACAAAACACAAACGUUCUUUUUUUUCCAGAACCAAGAUACGCUGAGGGAGAUAAAAGCAUCUCGGGUUUUUUGUUGGCUUGUUGGUUUGUUGGUCAUUGUUUUAAAACCUCGCUUGUCUGCGCACCAGCGGCAGGGAGGUGCCCCGCAUGCGGGGAGGCCCGGUGGCACCUGGGAGGCCAGGCAGGGUGCCGGUGACAGGGUGACGGGCGUCGGCCCGUCCCUCCUCUCUCCGGGACUUGGCGAAGGUCUGGGCGGCCGGCCCUGCCUGCUCCCUCUGGGGGCGACCACCAGCUGCAGGGGUCACAGAGCCCCCUUCCGGUCCACGCGCGCCUUCACGAAAUAAACACGCUCUCUCCUGGUUUGUUCCCUCUCCUGCUUCUUCCCCUCAUGACUGCACUGCCGGCCGGGGGCCUCCGCUGUUUGCAAAAGGCUCCGUGUCCCCAGAGCGUCCCCCUCCCGGCCGUGUGCGUGGCCGGGCGUCUGUUCACCGACAAGCGUGGGUGACAUCCGUGGCUGUCUGGGGAGGGAGGAUGUGAAACCAGCCAGCUCUCCUCCCCCCCCCCCACCCCCACCCCCACCCCGUGGUCCCAGGCCCUGGCCGCUGCCCCACCGGCGCAGGGGUGCCUGCCUUGGACCCCGAGGGGCCAAUGGCAUCCGCGUCUUGCUUGGGAGACGUGGGUCUGUGCGUCUGGGGGACGCUGAUGUCAGCACGGAGGAACCGGGAUUUCCGAGGCGUGCUGGUGAGGGGCUUUGGGCCCCGCCCACCUGCCCCCGGGAGCCUCGCCCACCGCGGCGGUCCUGCCCAGGGAUUGCCGGCAGAAUCUGCUCGUGUAAAAAAAAAAAAAAAAAAAAAAAAAAAAAAAAAAUUAAAAAGAGUGUUCUGCUGGUUGCCAGGCCAGAAAGAACUAUAUAAGGAGAACAGAAAAGAUGUAAAUGAGCCGAGAACCUUGCGUUUCGUUGGUGGGGGCGGGGGGCAGGUGCCCUGGAGGGGGCGGGGGCGGGAGGUGCCGCGGGGAGCCCGCCGGAUGUGGGGGUCCCCCUCUGCAUGCGGCAGCCCCGCGGGGCGCCGGCACUGUGUUCAUAUGUAGUUCGAAAAUGCUAUUUAUAUUGUAAAGGGAACAGGAGGAAGGGGGCUGGCCCUCGGGCGGAGGGGUGGGCCAGACCCAGGCAGGGUCUCUCUGGGUCUGGGUCUGGGUCUGGGUCUGGGGCGACGUGCAGACAGGCCGCGGCUCCGCGAAGGGGAAACGCACAUUUCCCCACCAACGUAUACCCGUGUCUAUGUACAAAAACGAAAAACAAAGCCACCCGCCCUGAUUUUGCUCCCACCCAAGAUUAAGGAUGCGCUGUAUUUUUGCCUAAUUUCCCCUGCCUCUAGGUUCAUAAUGAAUUAAAGGCUCGUGAGCACUGCGAAACAGA